AUGCUGCGUCGUGAAAAUAAACCAACACUUUAUCAAAGAUACAUUUCCACAAUCAUAAGCACAAUUCUUGAAACUUUACCGUUAUGGAUGGUUAGAAGUCUGGUUUAUUCAUUCGGAUUUAUCAAUAAUCAUAUCCUCAAUGGGUUAUGGUUGGGAGGUUCUAAACGUAGUUAUUGGUGUCGUAAAUUAAAGAUUAAAGAUGCUAAUUGGAGAGGUUAUUUUAUUGCUGAAAAUGCUGAAAAAUUGGAUGUUGGUCAAGAUGCUGAUGUGGUGAUUUUAUACGCACAUGGUGGCGGAUUUGUUACGGGAGGAGCAUUACUUCAUUUUACAACAUUUAUCGAUUGGAUUCAAACAUGGAAAUCAACUUAUGGAACUACAACCCAGAUAUUAUCGGUUGAAUACGGGCUGGCACCUAAAAAUCCAUUCCCUGGAGCAAGAGAUAACAUGUUGGAAUGUUAUGAAUGGUUGGUGAAUGAACAAGGAAUCAAUCCUUCAAAAAUAGUUUUUGGCGGAAAUUUAGCAGUGAUUUCAGUGCUUGAACUUAUUCAAAAUCCUUAUGCGUACUCAGUAGAUCUACCUUCUUCACUUAUUUUACUAUCACCUUGUCUUUCGGGAUUACCAACUUCUAAAUCGUUUAGCAAAAAUAAAAGUUAUGAUAUAAUUAAUACGCAAUGGUUGGAGAGAUCUUUUAAUAAAUAUAUGAUUGAUACAAACCUAUCAUCACAAUGUUCUUUGAUUUCACCAAUCUAUGAAAAGAAAUUAGGUGGUCUACCCAAAAUUUGGGCUUGUGCUGGUGAAUUUGAAGUUUUUUUGGAUGAUGUAAAACAAUUCAUUGAGAAUGCUAGAUCACAAUCUGUCAACACUGAAUUUGUAAUGGAAAAUAAUAAUUUUCACGGUUAUGCUGUUUGUAAACUUUUGGAUAGAAACAAUGGUGCAAAAAAUACUUGUAGACACAUUGGAAGAUUUUUAUUUACUAAUUGA